AUGUCUGUUUCUAUCAGCCAAAUGUCCCAGCUCGAGGGAGCCAAAUGCCUCGACGAUAACUGGACCGGCCUCAAAGACAGGGCUGAGCGGAAGAAACGCCAGACACGGCUCAACGUAAGAGCUCAUCGGAAGCGUAAGGCCGAGGCUCGGGCUAUGAUAGUAAAGAGAGAGCACCAUGUCCAGCCACGCGAGCAUCAAAUCUCCCCAUCAACUGUGGCUGGUGAGAUGCUCAUUUUCGCCAUCAGUGCAGGCAACUUCAAACCCCUGUCGUUUGACCCUCUCAAGAGCGAGUUUCCGUUAUCAACUGAUCAUCUCAUUCCCCUCAUUCAAUACAAUGUCAAGCGGGCGAGCCACACCAAUCUUGCCAUUCUAGCCAUUACAAGCUUGGUCUGCGUUGGCAGCCCUUACAAAACGAUGCCCCUCUUCCCCUACCCCCGCGCCCUCCCCGAAUCUCUGGCUCCGACGUCUCUACAGCUCACCACGCUGCACCCGCCCUGGAUUGACAUCCUGCCCUCGCCACGCAUGCGAGAUAACGCUAUCCGCGCCAUCGGGCAGUUCUCACAAGCGGACUAUUGCGCCACCUUCUCUGGCGGACGGACGGGGCUGUCAAGACUUGAUGAUGGCAACAAAUCGCUGGCGAGCCACAAGAGGUGA